CAACACAAACAGAGAUCUCUGUUUAGGUUCGGUUUUUUUAACCAAACGUACUUCACUUCGUGCCUUCAGAAACCCUAAUUCCCAAAUCUCAAACGAACCAUGGAAUUCACCAAGAAGCGCAAAACCGAAGAGAACGGCGACACCACCGAUUAUCCGCCGCAGCAAUCCACCGAAGAAUCCCCAAUCGCCGCCGCAGCCCCCGCCCCCCUCGCCGCCGAAGACAUCCGCAAGAUCCUACAACCGUUCUCCCAGGAGCAGCUCCUCGACCUCCUCCAAUCGGCAUCGCUCCGCCACCCCGACGUCCUCGAUGCCGUGCGCGCCGUUGCGGACCUCGAUUCCACCCUCCGGAAGCUCUUCGUGCGCGGUCUCGCCGGCGAGACCACGACGGAGACCCUCCGCGGCGUGUUCUCGGCGUUCGGCGAAUUGGACGAGGCCAUCGUGAUCAUUGACAAGGCCACGGGGAGGUCCAAGGGCUACGGCUUCGUCGUAUUCAGCCACGUGGACGGCGCAAUUCUCGCCCUCAAGGAGCCCAGCAAGAAGAUCGACGGCCGCAUGACCGUCACACAGCUCGCCGCCGCCGGAGGCCCCGGCGGCGGCGACGUGUCCCUCCGUAAGGUCUUCGUUGGGAACGUCCCCUUCGAGAUUUCCUCGGAGAGGCUCCUCGACGAGUUCCUCAAGUUCGGAGAAGUCGAGGAAGGGCCUCUGGGGUUUGACAAAUCGAGUGGCAAAAGCAGAGGUUUUGCCUUCUUCGUUUACAAGACCGAGGAAGGUGCAAGGGCUUCGUUGGUUGAACCAUUGAAAACAAUUGAGGGGCACCAAGUGAUUUGCAAAUUGGCUGUGGAUAACAAAAAGACGAAACCUUUUGUUGCGGAUCAGCAUCAGCAGCAACAUCAUCAGCAACAUCCGCAGCAACAGAUGCAGCAGCAAGGUUCGAUGAUGGUGCCUCAGUAUGGUGGAUAUGGUGGUAAUGGUUAUGGGAUGCAGCAGCAACAGCAGCAGCAUCAGGUGCCACCGUAUAAUAAUCAAAUUCCGGUUGCCGGUGCUGGCGGGUAUGGCCAUGGAUAUGGUAAUUCACAGAUGGGCGGGCCGGUUUCCGGUGAUUAUGGUGCGAGGGUGCCUCCCAGUACUGGUGGGGGGUACCCUGAUGGCUCGCAGUAUGGCUUCCCUCCUUCAUCGGGCCAUCCGCCGCAGCCGCAGAUUCCGAUGGCGAGACCUCCUGGUGGAAUGUACCAAGGCAUGCCACCCUAUUAUUGAGGUGUUUCAUUCUGGUUUGUGAUGGCUUCUUGGGCGCUAAUGCUUUAAAUGGUUGCUUUCGUGCAUGCAGAUAAUGAAAUCUUUGGUUUUGGUUACAUGGACUGCUGUAAUUUGUUGCUGCUUCACUACCUCUGCAUCUAUGUGUUAUGGUUCCAUUUGUGAUGGGUGUUAGUUGAAGCUUACAUGACUUGGCGUAGUACUUGAAUGUAGUACUUAUGUAGAAUUUCUGUAGAAUUUUUGGUUCAUAGUUUUUACCUAGUUUAGUUUCAUAAGUUAUUGACUAAAUGCCAAGGUGGUUACAUUAAAUUUUGAAAUGUCUCUUAUUGUGCUCUUUCGUGCAUAUAUGUACUCUGUGGUUGUCGUGAUGACCUUAAUUUUGUUCUUUUAACUUCCGCUAGUUGCAAGUAUUUGCUUUGUAUGGUGGCGCUCGUGAUUCAUUUGCUUAUUUUUUGAAAUAUCCUUCUCACUUGGUUUUAUGCUAAAUUCAGCAUCAAGUCUUAAUGAGUAAAUCAGUUCACUCAAUUCUUUUAGAGGCUUAUUCAAAUUGCCUUAAAGAUGAGAUCUGCAAUUGAUUUGCCCUGAAAUGGAUGCUUGUGAACACCUUUGAAAAUUGGUGAUAUAUUUGAGUAUUUUGUUGAAUAUCCUUUUCAUUUGGUUUUAUACUAAAUUCAACAUCAAAUCUUUGUGAGUAAACUUAAAGACGAGAUCUGCUAAUAUAAUUUACCCUGAAAUGGAUGUGUGUAAACACCUUUGAUUAUGAAAAAUGCCAGCUGUGAGAUUGAUUACCUUGCUUGUUGUGAAAUCAAUGCUCAAACUUGAUGUGGCAAUUGCAAUGCCAUGUAUUUUCAUGUAUAAAAUGGUAAACCUUUAUUUUCUAAUGUUCAAUCUAUGAUGAUUAUUUUUAAGCUCCCUCCGUUUUCCGAGCCAACCCUCUGAAAAAAAUAAAUUAAAGUAAGAUAAAGUAACAACAAAUAUUUCUUGAGUAAACCACCAAUUUGAUUCUUGAAGUGUUACCCUCUCUCCUAAGUGAUUUUUAAAGUAAAACAAACUACUUGACUAGUCCUAGCAGUAUUAGAAAUCAAACAAAGUAGUCCCUUUAAUAUUAAAAUACCCUUCGAAUGAUACCUUAAGUUAAAAAAAAAACAUCAACGUUGGGGACUAAAUUGAUGAAUAUUCAAUACAUUAGGGGAUUACGAAUAGUUUUAUUACCUUAGGAAUUGUUUAGGAGAGAGAGUAUUAGUUUGAAGAUGAAAUUGGUGAUUUACUUGCAUUUUAUUACUCUGUGUCUUGUGAUAAAAGUAGGGUAUGCAGAUAUUAGAAUUUAUAGGGCCUAACUUAACCCUCAAAAUUAACUUGUAUGAUGAAGAUUGCCCAAACUUAAAGUAAAUUAUCCUUAAAGUAAAACAAACUACUUAAGUAGUCCUAUAAUUAUUAGAAAUUAAACAAAGUUUUCCCUUUAAUAUUAAAAUACCCCUCAAAAUAUUCCUUAAACAUUAAAACAAUACAUCAACUUAGGGACUAAAUUGAUGAAUAUUCAAUACUUUAGGGAUUACUUGAAUAGUGUUAUUACUUUAGAAUUUAUUUAGGGGAGAGAGUAAUAGUUUGAAGACGAAAUUUGUGAUUUACCUGCAUUUUGUUUCUUUGUAUCUUGUGUUAAAAGUAGGGUAUGAAGAUAUUAGAAUUUAUAGGGCCUUAACCCUAAAAAUUGGCUCGCACAAUGAAGAAUGCCCAAGCUUUGAGCUCAAUUUAAGCCAUAUUUCUAGUUGAUGUGGAAUUAAUACCACCCUCGAGGCUUUAAUUAAGGCAGCCUCUAAAGAGGCCGCAACUAAGGUGGACUAGAGGUGGCUACAAUUAAGAAAACUUUCACGCUCAGGGCUACUUUCCUGGAGCAUGGCAAUGCAAAUGGCCCCAAAAUGGAUCUAGGAGAGGCUGUGAUACCAUUUUUGAAUUUGGGUUUAGGGUCUAACUGAACCUCAGAAGACCAGGUUGCAAGAUAUGGAUUAUCCAAGCUUUACAAGCUUUAUUUAAGUCAUAUUUCUAGGCAAUGUGAGACUAAACACCACCUUUGAGGUUGCAAUUAAGGAAACCCCAAACAGGCUGCAACUAAGACGGACUAGGGGUGACUGCUAUUAAGAUAUUCCAUCAAAAGAUAAAAACCAAAACAGAAUGAUUUUGUUGGUUGUUUGCAGUUUGCCUUGUCUUGCAUUAUACUGUUGUUGAAUCUUAAGUGGAGUUUCAAUUAGGAUCUUGUAAAUGGUAUUCGUUAAAUUAGGGCAAACUCAAUGUCAAAACCGGGUUGUAAGAUAGUCCAAGCUGUAGAAGCUCUAUUUAAGUCAUAUCUGUUGUCGAUGUGAGACUGAACACCACCCUUGAGGUUGCAAUUAAGGUCAGCCCCAAAGAGUCUGCAACUAAGACGGACUACAGAUUCCCAUAAUUAAGAUGGCUUUCUAACAAAAGAUAAAAGGAAAAACAGAAUAAUUGUGUUGGUUGUUUGCCUCUUCUUGCAUUGUGCUGCAGUUGUGUCUUAAGUGGAGUUUCAAUUAGGAUCUUGUUAAUGCUAUUUGUUAAAUCAAGGCUAUGGCCUAGAGCGUAGCAACGUAAGUGGCCCAACAAUUGAUCUAGGACAGGCUCUAAAUACCAUUUUAAAUUUGAGUUUAGUGCCUAAUUCAACCUCACAAAACUGGGUUGUAAAGUGAGGAUUGUCCAAGCUUUACAAGUUCUAUUUAAGUCAUAUCUAUAGUUGAUGUUGAUGUGAUACUAAACACUACCCUUGAGGUUGCCUCUAUUUAAGGCUGCAAUUAAGGCAUCCACAAAGAGGCUGCAACUAACAUGGAUUAGGGGUGACCACAAUUAAAAUGACUUUUCAAUAAAAGAGAAAAGGCAAAACAGAAUAAUUGUGUUGGUUGUUUUCCCCAUAUUGUAUUGUGCUGCUGUUGAAUGUUUACUUAAGUGGAGUUUCAGUUAGGAUGUUGUUAAUGCUAUUUGACUAAUCGGGCUACUUAUUGAUGUUGUUUUAUCACUUGAAUAGUUUUGCCUCGACUUGCAUUGUCCUGGAGGAGAUAAAUAUUUUUAUGGGAAUAAUAACUUGCUUUGUAAUAGAUUGGUGCUUCUUUUGUUCGUUUUUUUCUCCCGUGAUUCAUCAUCCUUUUGGGCCAAAUAUAUUAUUUUUUGUUUGUUUCUUCUGAACAUUUCUACUCAAUGUUUUCUAAUUUGAUGGUCUGUGUAUCAAAACUUGUGAAUGUCCAUAUUUGCUGCUUUUUCUAAUGAUUUUUCGAGGUGGUUCUCCUGGUCGGUUUUGAUUUGAAGUAGUUCGGCCAACACUGCAUUGCUGUAAUCCUUGAGGUUUGGACUUUGGGAAUGCCAUUUUGGUUUCCAAAUGUUCAUUGAAGGAGGCAAGCUAUUUUUUUUAAUCAUAUAGUCCAAAGUGAGACAAUUGCUUGUAAUACUUUUGUAAUGAAAUACAAAUGUCAUCUUAGGGUAAGUGUACGUGACAGAUGGUUUGAUAUAAUAUAUUGCGCUUCGUUUAUUU